UGCCGCUCAGAACAGAGCGUCCCCGACUGUCACAGGAGAAGUAAUCCAAGAAGCUCUUUUUUUCCCCUCCGAUCAUUAAUUACUUACUUUUUUUUCCAACGCUUGAAGGUCAUGUUACGUGUACAGUAACUUCUCUGCUGGCGAGGGCUACAGGUUGCAAGCCUCUGAAGAGCUUCUAAAUGGACAAGAUGCCUCCUGGAGCGGUGACCACUUAGCAUCAAGUAGCAUCGACUGCCUUUUAAAGUGGAAUGUCUGUUAGCAACCACCGGGAUGAAUUUGUCCUCUGUUGCUUGGUUUCAACAAAUCAAUACAGCCACAGAGUAACGGCUGCGCUGACAUCCCUGCGGAUUUGACCCAAACCGCUCUUCCCUUGGAUAAUGAAGGACAUGCUGAUGCAGCCAGAGGAGAGCCAGUGUGCAAGGACUGCUCUUUAAGGUCACAUUUAUAAUAUUUUUUUUUAUCCUGAGUUAAACCGGAGAACAGCACAUUUUAAGAGACAAUUUUCCUUUCAGAUGAGAGCGCCGUAUCUAAUAUCUUUAAGCAGUCUCUUCAAACAGCCGGAAAACGGUGAAGGUGACAUUUUAGAGUGAUUCAUUCAGACACAAACAGCAUGCGUGGCUCAUUCAUUUCAAAGUAUCUCUGGGCACUUGAAAAUCAAUUCCUGGCAGCUAAAAAUAAAGUUAAUAUACCCUUUCGAUUUGCUUUUCCUUUGAGAGCGCAGAUUAAACCUCAAUGACGGAGUCAACUGACCAGUGCAAUGCUGACUGCUUCACUAAUUGCUACCAUUAUGCGAGCACUUAAUGGAGUGUGUUCAUACCUGUGACUAUGCUGUUCCAAUGCCUAACAUUACCAGGCAAUUAGAUUCAUUACUCAGUUGACUUUUAUUGUGACUGCAUGGAGACUUUGGGGCAGCAAGUAAACAGCAGCGGUCUUGACGACAUGAACAAGGCGGAUGAGACUUUUGUGAAGACCCUGGUGCCCAUCCUGGACGGGCUGAUUCUGGUGACCGGCCUGGUAGGCCAAACUCUCGUCAUCACCAUUCUCACAGGCAGGAGGAAGAAGGAAAGUCAACCCCCGCACGGUACAGACACCCUGCUGCUGGCUCUGAGUGCUGCUGACCUGCUGCUGCUGCUCUGCUUGCCCUUCCACACCUCUGCCAUCACCCUGGGCUUCUGGCCCUUUGGCAGCUUCCUUUGCAAGGCCAUCAGUUUUCUGGGCGUUGCCUGCUCGGCCGCCUCAGUCUUUACCCUGGCAGCUUUGGCUGUGACGCGUUACCUCACGGUGGUACACCCCACCUGGACGUUCCGUUCCAGAAUGCACCGACGCAUAAAGCUGACAGUCCCUCUGCUCUGGGUCCCUGCCACGGCCUUGGCAGCGCCACAGUUUGCCUUUCGCACGAUCAAAGCGACCAGCUCCGUGUACUGCUUUGCCUUCCUGUCCGACUUCAGCCAGCUGGUCUACAGCAUCGCCCUCUUCCUGUUCGGAUUCGCUCUACCACUGGGCAUCAUUGUACUGAUGUAUGCCAAGAUCUACUGUUUUCUCCGACAUGCACGGCUGCUGGGGAACGCUCCCCAGCUGGAGCGCUACCAGAGCCAGGUCACCCACACUUCAGCUCUCCUUGUCCUGGUCUUCACUCUCCUCUGGCUGCCCUCCUACGCCCUCAUGUUCUCCUUCAUUGGAGGAACCCUAUCAGGUUCACCUGGAUACAACACCAUUGCCAUUCUGGCCAGACUGUUGGCGUCCUCAGUAGCAGUGGUGAACCCUGUGCUGUAUGUGUUUAUGUCUCAGAAGUUUAGACGCGACUUACUAGAGCUGGGGAGAGGACGCUGGGCAUGGUGCAAAAGCUGUCUGAUCGGAUGCCCUCGUGUGUCGGGCAGGGACAUGGUGCAGCCCUUUGAGCUGGACACAACUUCAGAAAUUGGCCAAAACUGACACUUUAGCCAAAAACAGACACUGCUACCUCAAUGCUCACUUCAGUCUGGAUCUAGGAUUAAGCAAUAUGACUUGUUAUAUCAAUGAAUGUAUUUUUAUGUCUGUAUAUGUUUAUAUAUCCCUGUAGGGCAAUGUAUGAAAGACUAAAUAUGCAGGACUCGAAGUGAUGUUAAAUGCAGUGGAUUUUACUCCACUGUUGUGUAUCAAAUCAGGUAAGCCUCUUCAUGUGUGAACUAAAAACCCUGUUAUUCAUUUGGUUAGCUUUUCAAUGCAGUUUGCUCGGCUUUAUCAAUUCUGACAUCAUUAGCGGCCAUCUACUGAGCGUCACUGACCUCGGCGACGUGUGGCGUCCUCGCAGAAUACCCAGGAGAGGAAAAAAAACACACCCACCCCAGCGACGGCCAAUUCACCCUGCUCCCGUCUCGCAAGAAAGACAAGAGCAUCUGAUGCCACACCAACAAACUACAGAGCAGCUUCUUUCCUCAGGGUGUGAGACUCCUCAACUCGUCCUCCACGCUCCACCAAAAAUGUUGUUUUGGUUUUAUGUGGAACAUAAGAGAGACUGAUGAUCAUAUCAUGUGAUCUCUAAAAAAUAGUGUUAUGAUAAUAUUAUGUUUUACAAAGUCUUACCUGGAACUUCUCUGACCUAGCUGUGUGCCAUCGUUUCCACACCCGUGUCAAAACCCUCAUAUCAAUGCAACAUCAAUAAACACACUAACCCCAUGCACUCUACUUGU